UUUUUCCAUUGUAAAAUUAUUUCAUUUUUAAUUUUAUCACAAUUAAUUUAUCAUUCGAUAUCUCGUCGACAUAUCAGCGCUUUAUUCAAUAUUAAUCAAUCGUUAUUAUGCGGUAGACAUGACGAUAAUCAUUCGUGUAAGCAAGUGAUUUUUUUAAGUCCAAAGUGCAGUGUAUAUUUUGUAAUAUUUUGUGAUUGUGAUAGUUUUUUCGUGCCAAAAUGUCUUUGGAAGAGAAGUUCAACGCCGCUGUGAAUGUUAUUAGAAGCCUGCCUAAAAGUGGCUCAUAUCAGCCCAGCAAUGAGCUGAUGCUGCGUUUCUAUAGCUACUUCAAGCAGGCCACGGCGGGACCUUGCGACAUUCCCAAACCAGGGUUCUGGGAUGUCGUCAACAGAGCGAAAUGGGAAUCUUGGAACAGGUUGGGCAACAUGACAAAGGAAGAAGCCAUGCAGGCUUACGUUAGCGAGUUACACAAGAUAAUAGAAACCAUGUCAUACAACCAGGACGUAGCGUCGUUUCUAUCCGUGGACGACGAUGACUCGGGUAUCCCCAACAACGAUCUGGAACUAGUCGCUGGUGACGUGCUGGCUAGAGUGCGAUCUGAACACAAUACGCCUACAUGUUCUCCAUCAGCGAGUGGCGCGUCGUCUCCCGCCCGCGGCCGGUCCCCCCCGCCGCGCGCACGUCACGACUCGGAAGAGGAGUUCAUUGACACCGUUGAUGUUAGUAUAAGCGAAGCAGAAGCAGCAGCCGAAGCGGCAGCAGCGGAGCGAGCCGUGAGGGAGCGAGCGCCGAGGCUGAGCAACGGACAUGCGCACCAGAUCACAUCGCAGCUCACGCACCUGAAAGUGUUGGAGCAAUUGCCUGGUACCCUGGCGAGGUUGGAGGCUGAUGUAGCGGCGCUCAGGAAAGCCGUGGAAGGUGAUCGUAGAUUAAUCGAUCAAGUGUCAGGCGGCUGGAGAUGGCCAUGGCAAGAACUGUCAGUACCGACCCUCGCAUUGGUCGUGCUGUGGCCAUUCCUUGCGUACCGCAUCGCUAAUAGGCUGCAACGCCGUAAUACUUAACACGUCACGAACGACGGCACCACACUCAUCUCUAGUUGGACGAUAGCAAACACGAGUCAUACGUUAUUUACUACACGUGUAUUAUACAUUGUCGGUACGUACAGCGUGUCCCUGAUAUAGUGGUCCAAACAGCAUCUGUAAAUUGUACUGAUACUCCAAACUAAUGUUAUAAAUGCGAAAAUAAGUCUGUCUUUCCUGUUAUGUUUUCACGCCAGAACCGUUGAACCAUUUUGAUGAAUUUUGAUGUAUAUUUCUCGUCAGAAGGACAUAGGCUACUUUUUGUUACAAAAGUACAUCUUGUGAGUCUAUGCAACCUCAUAUAGCUUUGGUUGAUUCCUCAUAAAAGUCACUUUGGAAGAGAUAUGUAGUAAAUUGAGGAUAUUCACUGAUUGCUAUACGGUGUGAAAACACAAUUUCUAAAAAUUUUCACGAUCGAAAAUAAAAACACAAACUUACCUUGAUACAUUUUUCAAAUGGUUUUAAUUUCGUUUGUAAAAAAUAAAUUCUGAUAUAAAGCCAGUGUCCCUGCCUGAAAAUGCUGUUUGAAGAAGUCAAUCUACGCAGACGAAGUGGCGGGCACCAGCUAGUAAUCUAUAACAUUAAAUAACAUAACUUUUUUAUUAAAAAAAAAACAAACUACCUUAAAGGUUUGCUUACAGGCUUUUUAUUGGAAUUACACCUAAUUGCCAAGUUUUAUUGAAAUUUGUUAAAGG